AUGCCAGAUGGAGAUAAAGAUGGCGGCUGCGAUUCGAAAGAGGAGAAAAUCUUUCAGCCUUCCCAACGAUUCUCGGAUUUCGGAAUAUAUUUAAAGAUUCAAGUCGAGGUUGUACUCCAGCGAAAGACACCAAUCAAGAUCAAGAUGAAAGUAUCGACCUUGUUCAUUGCGGCUUCAUUGCUCGUGUCUGCAUGGGCGCAAGAGGGAGACGACCCGUCAACAACAAGUACCACUGAGGAGCCAACUUCGACGACCGACGCGCCGGAGUCUGCGGUCACCCUACCUCCAGAGACAUGCUCAAGCGCUGGGUUUGAACAUUGUUACCAUAUUAUCACAAUCUUGACGCCGACAGUCUAUGUUAUUUUGACGGCGGAUGACCCAGCCACUAUCGCUGAUGCUGAGCCAAUUACAUCUGGUGAUCCAAUCCUCACACAAACAGACAAUAUUGCUAGUUCUGGCCAAAGCAUCGAAGUACCCACUACUGCGCUUGUCGAAAUCCGAUAUAGCAGUUCGACAGGGACAACUUGCGUCGAUGCCCUCACAACUAUCUCUGUCCUUGCCGAUGAUGGCGACUCCGAGUGUCCUAUGGCUACCGCUCCGUUUUUCAGCGCUCCUGACCAAGUCACCAAAACCCGUGUGAUUAGAAAGGUUCGAGAGGACGACACACAGGGUAAAGGGACCGAAACAGGUGGUGGCGGCGGCGGAGAGACCAGCCCGACACCAGCACCAGGAAGCACAACAGAUGGAAACUUUGCUGCCGUCACCACCACCGAUCCGGCGCCCGAGCCUACUGGUGGUGAUACACCCACGGAGCCCUCUCAGACAGAUAAUGGUGCUGCCCCAACAGAUGAUGGUACUCCAACGACCGAGGAUAAUCCUCAGCCGACUGAAGGACCUACUGAAGAACCAGUCGAAGAACCAACCGGUACGAGUCUAACUUCUACUGAAGAAACCCCCCAGGAAACUGAGAAUACAACUGGUACGACAACUACUUCUGCCCCCGAAGUUCCCACUACUAUUGCCGUUCCCAGUAGCAGCAGCAGUACCAGUGCGAGCGAAGAAACACCUUCCUCUGACUCUACGCUCCCCAUCACAGAUUCCUCUAUCCCUCCAUCUAUAGAUUCCACCUCUACACCCACAGAAGACCCAUCUACAUCUAUACCUACAUCAACAGAUUCUAACGAUACCCCGACGGACAACCCGACCACUCAAACGAGUGGCUCGGAGUCCUCGAGACGUGCACCUACAGGAUUAAAUGAGUCUGGAAAGCCAGAAGUUUCAACCGCAUUUACUACAAUUGCUGAGACCAGUGAUGGAAUGACCAAGUUCUUAACAAGCGCGGUGGCAACGAUGACAAGAUCGGCACCUACUCCAACCACCUCUGACGGUGGUUCAGGUGCUGGACCAAACUUCCUUGUUAAAGCUCAAGUCUUGUUUGGUGCCGUCGGGCUGGCUGCUGUUGUUGGUCUGUAG